AUGUCGCUGCCAUCAUUCUUGACGAAGGCUCCUGUAUCGUCCGCCUCACUGGCGGAGAGUGACACGCCAGUUGACUGCGUUUUCAAGCACUCGCCGUCCCUCGGCACUUCGCCAUGUUUAUGGUGGCCUCCGUCAAACGGCGCAACGAAGCCCGAUACUAUUCUGAUCUUCAUCCCGGGCAAUCCAGGAUUAGUGACCUUCUACCCUCCCUUUCUCUCUGCCAUACACUCCGCACAGUCGACAAAGUCGCUAGCCAUCGUUGCGCAUGGGCAUCUGGGCUACAAUGCCUCUUCGGAAUGGCCCGAGGCUUCGCACAUUGGCUUGACCGCACAAGUCGCUGCACGGCUUGAGUUGAUAGACACCCUCGUGACCGAAUACGGCACAGAAGUGAAGAUUAUACUUGCGGCCCAUAGCAUGGGGGCGUGGAUCUCUACUCAGGUUCUCAAGGAACGUCCACAAAUCAUUGCCAGCAUGCUCUUGCUGUUCCCUACCAUCAGUGAUAUCGCGCAAACGCCGAACGGAAAGAGACUGUCUUGGCUUUUCAACCGUCCCAUGCCUUCUGCCGUCGCUCACCUAUCUCGUCUUUCAUUUCUCAUUCCGCAACGUCUACUGGGCGGCGUGUUCUCCGACUACCCUCCAGCUCAACUGGAUGUUCUUCGCUCUCUCAUAUCUUCCCCCGGCUCUGUUUAUACAUCUCUUACUCUCGCACACGACGAGAUGAAGACCAUACGUGACCUGGACAUCCAGCUUCUGCGCGAGCACGCAGAGAAACUACAUCUGUACUUCGCCGAGCAAGAUGACUGGAUUGGGGACGAGCGCGCCAAGAUUAUCGAUGCCUUAAAAGACUUGCAUGGAUCCGACGGACCAGUGGUCAAGGUUGUGCAUGGGCAUGAAGACAUUCCUCAUGCAUUCUGCAUCAACCAUGGCGAGGCGGUCGCCACGCAAUGUAUCGCUUGGCUUCAAUCCGGCGGCUUUUUAUGA